AUGCGAAUGGUGCUUGAAGGAUUAUUGUCCAUGAAAAGGAAGACCGUAGAGGAAUGGAGACGUGUGCUUGAAAACAUCGACUGGCACCUGAUUGACGCUCAAGAUCGUGUUUCUGCAGUUUUAGCUCUAAGCUACAAUGAUUUGCCUUUCUGCUUAAAAUCAUGUUUUCUCUAUUUGGGUCUUUUCCCUGAGGAUUCCUCUAUAUCGAAGAAAAAGUUGAUACAUUUGUUGGUUGCAAAAGGAUUCUUACCACAACAAGGAGAAGAAGCUGCGGAAGGUGUUGCCGAAAAUUGCUUAAACGAGUUGGUUGAUAGGUGCAUGAUCCAGGUAGGAACACUAACCUCACUUGGAAGUCUUAAAGUCGUUCACAGGCAUGAUGUUCUCAGAGACUUCUCUAUCUCCAAGGGCAAAGAGGAAAGUUUUCUUGAAAUUUAUAGUGGGCGGAAAAUUGAAUCGCCAACAUCACAAAAGGCCAAAUCUCGAAGGCUUGCAAUCCAUGGUGAACAUGAUCUGCAGGUUUUUCUAAAUCUGUAUGCCCCCUACUUACGUUCCCUUCUAUUUUUCAACAUAGGGUAUUCAGAAUGUGGCUUUAUUUUCAAGGACUUCAAGUUACUCAAGGUUCUAGAUGGUGUUCCCAUGCCAUCUCGAGCACUAAGUGCUGUAGGAAGCCUAAUUCAACUGAGGUAUCUAGGAGUAUUAAUGAGAGUGGAUAUGGAGAAAAUCGAGCUACCUCGAUCAAUUAGAAAACUGAAGAAUCUACAGACACUUAAAGUAGAAGAUUAUGACAAGUAUUGUGUACGUAAUGUAUAUUGGUGUUGUAUCCCCAAUGUUAUUUGGAAGUUGAAGAAUUUGAGACAUUUGCUCCUCGUCCAUGGAGCUCGCGCAAUGAUUAGGUUGGAUACCUUAAACAAUUUAAGGACCCUAAAAAAUGUACAUAGUGGAAGAGGGAUGGAAGAUGGUGGUCUGGCCAGCAUGACUAAUUUGCGACGACUGAAGAUGGUAGUAUUAGCGAAAGAACAUUUAAACUCAGUGGUUUCCAACAUAGAAAGAUUGCAUUGCCUUGAAUCCUUGUCGCUGGAAUUCGCGGGAUCAUUUCCAACAACAAUAAACAUUUCUCAUUUGGAGCAUCUCCACAAGCUCAAUUUGGAUGGGGAAAUAAAGAAGCUACUUGAUCCACAACAAUUCCCACCAAACCUCGUCAAGCUAACUCUAAGGUCUUCCUAUCUCGAGGAAGAUUCAAUAGUUAAGCUUGGGAGCUUGCCAAACCUAAAGAUGCUUCUCUUGGGAUUAAACUCAUGGAACUGGACAAAACUGGUUUGCUCCUCCUCAGAAGGGUUUCCUCAAUUGCACAUUCUACAUUUACAAUGUUUAUGGUUUUUAGAGGAAUUGAUAGUGGAAGAAGGGGCAAUGAUGAAGCUCAAGAACCUAAAGAUAGACCGCUGUCCAAGAUUGCGAAAGAUUCCAGAACGAUUUAAGUUAUUGACUACAUACUCUUGA